GAGAUGUAACGAUAUCAUUAACCUUACAUUAUGUAAGUUACAUAAUUUCGCAAUUAGCUUAACUUCAAUUAAAUGACUUAUGAGUACCGUUCAUGAAAUCCGUCAAAACAUUUCAGCAUUAAACAACGAAUGCAAGUUAUUUUGGGUUAUAUGUUUUUGCACUUCAUCUUCAUGUUGUUAUUGAAUACCCUACUUUUCUUGAAUAAGAGAUUACCAACUUCUAUGAAAAAAUGCUUAACCUGAGGGAUAAAUUGAAGCUGAAAGGACAAAUUUCAAUCAGUACACGUUCCCACAUUUAAAUCAAAAGAUUACGAAACAUCUUUCAAAGUGGACGACAUGGAAAUUUUGUGGCUGGACGGAAACGACGCCUCAAUUGGUGCCAAGGCCUGCGAAGAAAUUUCCAAACGGGGAAUUGUUCUCGUAAGAAAUAUAAAGUCAGAACAAAGUCUGACAGAAAUUUCUAAACACUUUGGACAAGUAUUCAAUCCACGACAUGGGUCACCAAACGGUGUGGCAAACAUUCAUCCGGAUCACACCCUCGAAGGAAAAGGUUACACCAGGACGGCUUUAUUGCUGCAUACUGACCGCAGUGGGAUGGACAAUCCACCAAGAUUUUUAAUUACGACGGUGAAAAAACAAAGCGAAUCUGGUGGCCACAGCACGUUCGUCAACGGGAAACAUCUUCAAGCUCAAAUUCUUUCCGAAGAUCCAAAACUUUUUCAAUUGUUGCGAGAUUCUAGAAUGACCCAGUUCCAACAAGAAGAUCGAAGCUUCAAAUGUCUUCCAAUGUUUUAUGGGGAGAGUAAAAUCCGAUGCCGAUUUGACGAUGGGAUAUACUUCAACCAUUCCUUGGCUGAAAAACUGCCCCAUUUGAUGCGUCAUUUGGCCAAACUUCAAGUUCGGGUGGCAUUUAAAGAGGGGGAAGGCUAUAUUUUGGAUAACCAUUGGUGGCUCCAUGGACGCGACGGUUUCAACGGGGACAGAGAAGUCCUACGACUUCUGAUCAAUCCCGUGAUUAUUGAUGCUUUACAAAAAGAAGAAGGGAAAAAUACCUCAAAAUUGAUCCUCCCCGAUAUUGACACGACCCUCCUAGAUUUCCCUCCUAGAUUUCCUACUUCAUGCUAAAUUACAAAUUUAUAUGAAAAAAUUGUUUAAACAGUUCCAAUUUAAUUUAACUUUAAACUUCUUGGAAAUAAAUCUGAUCAAAUUGUCCAUCUUAAGCAAGAAAUUUGAUAAACAAGAGGAAACUACUUGGAAGUUUGGAGCAUAAUUAAAAUCUUAUCCGGUCAGCAGACUUUAUUCUGAUAAAUAAAACUUACGUACGUGUUUUAUUACUUGGUAAA